CUCAGACCAACUAGACAUUGUAUUUCGCUGUGUAAUUAAAUGCAUUAAUUUUCAUUCCCGUCACGCUUCAAUCCCUUCCUAUAAGUCCGUUCCAUUCGCCACGCCCAAUCCAACUGCCCAAAUCAAUCAAUCUCUCAACUCCCAAAAAUGGCGAAAUUCGGCAACCCCCUUAUCCUCCUCGCCCUCCUCCUCCUCGCCGCCGCCUUCUCAGCGGACGCCGCCCUCGGAGGCGGAGGACAGACCGGCAUAGUGGGCGGGAUAAAAGAGAUCAAGAACGUGAAGGAAAACGCGUAUGUUCAAUCUCUGGGGAAGUUCUCCGUGGAAGAACAUAACAGCCGUAGCGGCAAGCAGCCGUCGGUAAAGGACGGUGCCCUGAAAUUCAUAGAAGUUUUCAAGGCGGAGCAGCAGGUGGUGGCCGGAAUCAAGUAUUUCCUCCACAUCCGCGCCUCCUUGCCCAAUGGUGACGAGGGAACUUUCGAUGCCGAGGUGGUGGUCCCACCCGGCAUGAAAUCGAAACAGUUGCUCUCCUUCAAACGGGUCGGCGGUGGGAAGUAGAUGAAACCGCCGCCACCUCUGACGGCGGGCUUGCGUUUCGGGUGCGGUGUGCAAUGGUUUUAGUAAUGCAGGAAAUGGGAUGGGUGUGAUGUAUGACUGUCUGUAUUGUGUGUGGCUGUAAGGAAUUAUUUUCUACAGUGUAUUAUUUAAUUCCUUACUUUAAUAAGAUGUCUCCUUUUUUAUUACUGGGUAUUUGUUCUGUUUACUUUAUGGAGUCACAUUCACUCUCCUCCUUGGAUUGGCACAAGAAAAUUAUGACUGUCUGUAUUGCGUUACGGAGAUUUUUCCCAGAAUAAUGCUAAUUAAAUUAAUUAUUCCUGAAAUACUGCCGGGUUAAAAUUAAUUCCCAAAAUAGUGGUGGAAUUAACCACGGUUAAGGAAAGUCGUCACUCCAAGUGGCGGCUCUUCUCUUAUAGUACAAAAGUUAUCA